GCCACGUGACUGCCACGGCCUGGGCGUUCGCUCAGGAUUAGCUCUCCGCACCCCUCGGCGGCUACCUGGUCUCCGCGCCCCCGGGUCCCGGCCCCCGGCCGGCCGGGCCCCGCCUCCUCGGGGCCGGAAGAUGGGCGGGGAAGGGGACGAGCGGGUAAAAGGGAGGCUGGCUCCGGGCCGGCAGCCACUGCCCGCGCGGUCGUGUGCCCUCGGCUCCGCACCGCGGAGGACGCUGCGCGGGGCCUCAUCGCGCGGGGCGGCCCGGACCUGAGAGCCCACGCGUCGCACCGAGUGGCCCAAGCACGUCGCAGUCGCAGAUAAAAGCGUUGCGCUUCGGUCGGGUCCUCGUCAAGCCACGUCGAACCCAGAUUUCUUGGAGCAGAACCCAGGAGAAUGAGCUGCCACCACUAACCCUCUUUCUCCUCCCCACAAACGGGCGACUGAGACCUGGACACCAGAGAGGACUUGAUUAUCUUGGUCUUUAAAAUCACACACCUGGUUUGGAAAAGACUUUUGCCCACAAAUCACCAAGAGUUGUCCAAAACAGAAUGACAGGACAUAAGUGCACUAGAGAGUGGCCUGAAAGUAGGAAGUGAGAAGAGAGUUACAGAUUGGUUGCAUUGAGGAAUGAAGACCUGUGUGUAUCCACCAAUCUGAUUGACUUGCUCAGGGAGGCUAAAGCAUCUGUCUUCAGAAAUGUCUUCAGAAAAUACAGAGCAACAUGACCUUUCACUUGAAAGAAAAGACCAAUACAGUCCUCCAUCUGUGAUCCAUGUGGAGCUUGAAAAGGAAUCAAGUACUGACUUCCAGCAACUUGAAGCCACAAAUCAAUGCAGACGUUAUCCUAGGAUCCACAUGGAGCCUCAAGAGAAAUCAAAUACUAACUUUAAGCAAUUCAUCAUCAAAAAACUACAGAAGAGUUGCCAGUGCAGCCCAACCAAAGCAAAACAUACGAUUUUUGGUUUCCUUCCCUUUUUGCAGUGGCUCCCAAAAUAUGACCUGAAGAAAAACAUUUUAGGAGAUGUCAUGUCCGGCUUAAUUGUGGGCAUCUUGUUGGUGCCCCAAUCAAUUGCUUACUCCCUUUUAGCUGGCCAAGAACCCAUCUAUGGUCUGUACACAUCUUUUUUUGCAAGCAUCAUUUAUUUCCUGUUCGGGACUUCCCGUCACAUCUCUGUGGGCAUUUUUGGAGUACUGUGCCUUAUGAUUGGUGAGGUAGUUGACCGAGAACUACACAGAGCUGGCUUUGACACUGCCCAUAUUGCCCCGUCGUUAGGAAUGGUUUCGAAUGGGAGCAUAUUAUUAAACCAGACAUCAGACAGUAUAUGUGACAGAAGUUGUUACGCAAUUACAGUGGGCAGCACCGUAACCUUUAUGGCUGGAGUUUAUCAGGUAGCGAUGGGCUUCUUUCAAGUGGGCUUUGUUUCCGUCUACCUCUCAGAUGCCUUGCUGAGUGGAUUUGUCACUGGUGCCUCCUUCACUGUUCUUACAUCUCAGGCCAAGUAUCUCCUUGGGCUCAGCCUUCCUCGGAGUGGUGGCGUGGGCUCACUCAUCACUACUUGGAUACAUAUCUUCAGAAACAUCCAUAAGACCAAUCUCUGUGAUCUCAUCACCAGCCUUUUGUGCCUUUUGGUUCUUUUGCCAACCAAAGAACUCAAUGAGCGCUUCAAGUCCAAGCUUAAGGCACCGAUUCCUACUGAACUCAUUGUUGUUGUGGCAGCGACAUUAGCCUCUCAUUUUGGAAAACUAAAUGAGAAAUACAAAACCAGCGUUGCUGGACAUAUUCCUACUGGGUUUAUGCCACCCAAAGCACCGGACUGGAACUUAAUUCCUAAUGUGGCUACAGAUGCAAUAGCUAUGUCUAUCAUUGGUUUUGCUAUCACUGUAUCACUUUCUGAGAUGUUUGCCAAGAAACAUGGCUAUACAGUCAGAGCUAACCAGGAAAUGUAUGCCAUUGGCUUUUGCAAUAUCAUCCCUUCCUUCUUCCACUGUUUUACUACUAGUGCAGCUCUUGCAAAGACGUUGGUUAAAGAAUCAACAGGCUGCCAAACUCAGCUUUCUAGUGUAGUGACAGCUCUGGUUCUUUUGUUGGUUCUCCUGGUAAUAGCUCCUUUAUUCUAUUCCCUUCAGAAAAGUGUCCUUGGUGUGAUCACUAUUGUAAAUCUCCGGGGAGCUUUAUGUAAAUUUAAGGAUCUGCCCAAGAUGUGGAGGGUUAGCAGAAUGGAUACAGUUAUCUGGUUUGUUACUAUGCUGUCCACUGCACUGAUAAGUACUGAAAUAGGCCUGCUUAUAGGUGUUUGUUUUUCUAUGUUUUGUGUCAUCCUCCGUACUCAGAAGCCGGAGAGUUCAUUGCUUGGCUUAGUGGAAGAAUCGGAAAUUUUUGAAUCCACAUCUGCUUACAAAAACCUUCAGGCUAACCCGGGCAUCAAGAUUUUCCGCUUUGUAGCCCCUCUCUACUACAUAAACAAAGAAUGUUUUAAAUCUGCUUUAUAUAAAAAAACUCUCAACCCAAUCUUAGUAAAGGCAGCUCAGAAGAAGGCAGCAAAGAGAAAGAUAAAAAUGGAAACAGUGACUGUCAGUGGAAUUCAGGAUGAAGUUUCAGUGAAACUUUCCUAUGAUCCCUUGGAACUCCAUACCAUAGUGAUUGACUGCAGUGCAAUCCAAUUUUUAGAUACAGCAGGGAUCCAUACGCUGAAAGAAGUUCGCAGAGAUUAUGAAGCCAUUGGCAUACAAGUUCUGCUGGCUCAAUGCAAUCCCUCUGUGAAGGAUUCCUUGGUCCGGGGAGAGUAUUGCAAAAAGGAAGAUGAAAGCUUCUUUUAUAGUGUACAUGAAGCGAUAGCUUUUGCAGAAGAAUGUCAAAAUCAGAAAGAAAUAUGUUUUCCCAAUGGUCUGAGUCUUUCCAGUGAUCAGCUGGAUAAAUAGGUGAAAAGAAGAAAAAUGUCUAGCCAAUAGCAUCUUGCAUACUUGAAAUUUUUGUGAUCCUUAUUAAUGUUGUCAAUGAAUUUUUUUCCUUUAUGUAGUGCUAUAGAUGAGCUAUAGGUUCUUUUUGCACCAAUGCAGAUAAUCCCUUAGCUUUCAGUAAUUUAGUGUAUUUUCCAUGGCAUCUGUCCUAAACUGCUAUGUCUCAUUACCAGUGACAAGCUUGCCAGAUAAAAGGCAGAAUGCUGACUCUGCAAUUCUAUACAGUAUUUUAAAUGAGCUCGAGGCAAACUGUUAAGGACAGAUUACAAAUAGGAAUGAUUGACAGUUUCCCUUAAGAAUUUGUUACUUAGCAGUGAUUUCUUUGCUUCCCAUGGCAUUUUAGCAAGGGUCAGUUGGGGAUUGAUAGUCUUUCUGAAAUAGAAGUACAUGCAGUAAGCAUUAGCUUUGUUUUCACUAAAACAUGUACAAAUUAAUUAUUGAUGUUCCUUUGGAAGCGUCUGUGCCUUCUUUUCUGUUGGUUAAUCAUUUGUUUUUAAUAUUUCUUGCCUUCCUCCCCAAAACUAGGUUUGAAUCCAGACCAUUAUAGAUGUCUAAUGCUGCCUGACAGAGUAGAGUACAUGUUUAAGACAACUCUAUAAUUUAGCAAACACUAGCACAGUAAAAAAAAAGUCCAAAAAAUUUGAAAAACUCCUUAGCAAAAUGGAGUAACAGAAUUUGACCUUUACCUAACCUUUCUCUUCAUAUGUGGAUAUGAACAAUUCUGGAGCUUUGUGCAUUUAGCAAAGUCUUGAAUUGUGCUCUGAUUAGUACAGUGGGGCCUUGACUUACGAGUGUCCCGACUAACGAGUUUUUUUGAGAUAUGAGCCGUCUCUCGGCCGAUUUUUUGCUUUGAGUUGCAAGCUCAAAAAAAUUCGGGUUACAGGCCAACUUCAGAUACCCCACCGCUAGUUGGCGCAGCGAACGUCACAGUAAUUUGACAUAGGAGUAAUUUGAGUUAUGAGCUUCAUCACGGAACGAAUUAAACUCGUAAGUCAAGGGCCCACUGUACCUCUUCCACUCAGACAAACGAGGUUCUACUUUUGGUAACUAGUUGUAAAAACAUUUAAGAUUUCUCAAGAAUGUAUACCUUACCCUUUCUGCGUGGGUAGAGUUUGGCCUAUACAUACAUGUCUUAAAAAUUUUUUGCUGGUAUUUAAAGAAAUCAAAUGUGAAAACAAAGCUUAAUUCACUAGCAAAACUAAUGUUUUCAUUUCCUUUGCUUUCUUGCUCAAAGCCUUGGAUUUUCAGUUCACUAUGUGAUAUUUUACAAGUUUUAUUGAUACAAAAAUACCUUGCUUACUCUAGACUUCAGUGUCUAGAUGAACAUUUUCUCAUUGCUUAUUGACAAACGUACAAAAUUCUGAAUAUCUUAAAAUGGUCAUUUAAUUGAAAUGUGUACAUACUUAAUGGUUAAAACUUUACAACCUUAUUUAUUUUUAAAUUUGCUACAAUAAGAGGAGUGGAGGGUACCCAUGCACAGAGAGACGAAGGAUUGACAUUCAGGAGAGGGGUGAAAGGAGUAGAUCAUUGAAAAGACCACUGCUGACUAAAUAAGGGAGAAAACAGAGGCAUUCAGUUGAAUAGGAUCCAAUCCCUGGUUAACCCCACACAACAGUAGGGAGGUCAGGAUUAGAAGCCACACCUUAGUUUGAGAGCAAGGUCAAAACUGGGUUCUGUUUCUAGAAGGAGAGGGGCACAGACUCCCCAAGGAUGAGAGAGUUGAGAAGCAUGCAUUAGCCAGCAUUGGGGCAAAAGCCCAGGUUGACCUACUGUGGAGCACUAGUGACUAUAGUACUAUCCGUGCCUCUGAUGGCAGUAAAAUGGACAGAUGUCUAGUUGACAAUUACUUUAAAAAAUUUUUCAUUAGGACCAAAGGAAAACAAGAUUUAGGUAGACUGACUUAGCUUUUAAACAAUAGUAGACAUUGAAGCCAAAUUUGUCACUAAAUUUACAGUAUGGUAAAUGGUGGUCUUUAAAUGUAUAUUGUGUUCUCUUAGUAAUUUGGGUGUUAGCUCUGCUCUUAGAAAAGGGCUGCAGUGAAUUUCUUGGGAACUUAAAAUUGAAUCUAGGAAUUAUAAUGAUAAAUUCAAGGUCUGUGAGCCUUUAAUUAAAGUUUUUAAAUAUAUUUUAUUGAUUUUUUACAGAGAGGAAGGGAGAGAGAGAGAGAGUUAGAAACAUCGAUGAGAGAGAAACAUCGAUCAGCUGCCUCCUGCACACUCCCCACUGGGGAUGUGCCCGCAACCCAGGUACAUGCCCUUGACCGGAAUUGAACCUGGGACCUUUCAGUCCGCAGGCCGACGCUCUAUCCACUGAGCCAAACCGGUUUCGGCUAAUUAAAGUUUUUAAUGAAUUGUUUUCCUCUCUGUAGUGGUAUAGAUGAACUGUAAGUUCUUUUUGCAUCAGUGUAGAUAAUUCCUCAAACACUUCCUGAAGACCUAUGCAGAACUCUAGAGUUCUGUGCCGGGUGCUGGGACUCUGAUACUAAAUCCAGUAGGCGAACCAUGUGGUAACUCAGUGACACAAGUGGCACUUGGAGGUGCUUUAUGGAGGAGCUGAACUGAGCCUGGACAGAGGUCUUAGCAGGAGGCAGGCAAUUGAGGCAAAGAAGGAGGCAGGGAUGCCUCCGUCUGUUCAGGGAAUGAUUCCACAGUGACGUAGUAAAAACUCAAUCGAUAGGAUUUAGACUUUGCUUAAUUUUUCUGUUCUUUGAUGUUUCUCUCUCUCCCCCCCCCACCCAAUGUUUUCUUUAUCUGUUAUAGUAAUGCCUUAUUUGAAACUGGGCUUAAAAACUGCAAAAGGAGGAAAUUGGAUCUAGAAAGCUUUUAGGCUCUGAAGUAAUUUGGCUUUUUUUUUUUAAUAAAGAUUUUUUUGUGUGUUUGUUUCAGAUUAAGUUUAUUUAGAAAGUUACAGAGGUAAUAGAAGUGAGCCAGCAGGGCUACCUGGGCUCAGGAAACAUGUUGCAGAAGCAAAAGAAGGGCCCUUGGAGCUCAGGAGAAAGAAAGGCAAAGGUAACUGCCUGGCGGGGAGAGGGAGGAAGGAAAAGGCUCAGGCAUGCUCCCAAGAGGAGAGCGCUGGUAGAAAGAUUUUAGAUAAUCAUAAAUGGAAUCAUUAAUUUGAGUGCUAAUAACAAGAAUGAAAAUUAUAAUGGAACAGGCCAAAAUAAUAUACCAGCUGGUUUGUUAUCCUAGCCUAUUAUUAAAGUAAAAUUCUAUUUAAAGGUACAUUUUAGUUUUUUUAAAAAAAUAUUUUAGUAACUAGGAAUGGAGAAUUUGGAUGUGGGAGUGGUGGAGAUUUAUUUUUAUAAGGUAAUUUUUAUCCUGACAAGGAUUAUUUUUUUAAAAGUAUUUUGCACUUUAAAUUUUAAAGUAAAUGUUAAAUAAGCAUUAUAUUAGAUUGUAGGGUGUUUGAUAUGUAUUUUCUUUUCCUCUUAGUGAUGUAAAAUAGGAAGGAUAUAUUGAAUUAUGAAAACUGGAAUAAUGACACCAAAUACCUUUACUGGAGAUAGUAUGUUUGUAAGUCUACACUGGAACCAGGCAUAUAACCUUUCUUUGGACUUGAAUUAUGACUGAAAAAGGCCAUAUAAUCACAAUCUUACUACAAAAUACCAGUGACUAAAUUUCUAAUUGAAGGUUUUUUAGUUGUCAAACAGACAAGCAGCUUAAGCCAGAAAAGAUUUUUAACUGCAGGUUUAAUAAACUUAUUUUAAGAAGUUCUCUUCCACUGCCACAUUCUCCAUCCCUAAAAUAAUAAGAUAAUACUUGGAGUGAAACAGCUGUUAUCUUUUAAUUCAAAUCAGUUGGGAAAUUACUGUUUGAAUUCUGAUGCUGCCAUGAUUUCUCAAAAAUUAGUGUGAACAGAUCAAUCUUUAUAAAAUGCUACCUUUUGUCUCCUUGUAAUUUUAUACACAAAUUAAGACAAUAACAGGGUGAUAUAUGAGUUAACUCAAAUUCUGAGUCUUGUCACUUCACUAAAAAAGUAUACUGCCUUUUUUGUUUUUCAAUUAUUCAAGGUUAGUGACUUUUAGGAAUAUGUUUUAUACCACAUAUAUCUUUUUUAAUUAAAGCAAGUGCCUUGAUGCUGUUACACAUAAAUCAUGCUUAACCCUCUAUGGCAGUGGGGGGUGGGUGUCCGGCCCAAGGUCCGCAUAAGGCCUGCGAAAUCAUUUGAUCUGGCCCUGCCAAAACAUUAGGGGUGAAUUAAUUAAAUAUGGCAGGCUAAUUUUUAAGUUGGUAAUUUUGUAGGGCCUGCAAAUGAUGUUAUAAAUAUCCAAAUGGCCCUUGGCAGAAUAAAGGUUCCCCACCUCUAUGGAAUGAGAAUGAGUUAUUGAUGAUUGCAGCCUAUUGUAGGAGAGGGGGAGUUGGUUAAUAGCAGAUCCUUUUUCUCUGGAAGUAUAUGUUCAUGAUGUUUACUACAUAAGAUCCUAUAUGUGUUAUGUCAUUUGCUAAUAAAUUGUUAUACUAAUUAAAUAA